AUGAAUCGUAUUGCCUGCAAUGCUAUUGUUCGAGCAACUCGAAUUAAUCCUGCUAUAAGAUCCGCUGCUCCUUAUCGUUGGAAUUCCAGCAAUGCUGCUAAUGCCCAACAAGGACAAGGAUCGCCAUUUGCAGCUGGUGCCGCUGGUGGACUUGCUGUUCUUCUUGGAGGUUUUGCAUGGUAUCAUUUCAGUGGUACACGACAAGUUGUUAACACUGCACGUGAUGCUCUUAACAAAGCUCAAGAACUCAAAUCAAAAGUGAAAGAAACUGCUGCUGAUUCAGCUGAUAGUGCAGCUAAUACUGUCAAUUAUUUACGUUCAGCUUCUGCUACUUUAAUUCCUGGUUCAGCACCUUUUCUUGGCAAAGUAUUUGAUCAAAUUGAACAAAUUAGCAAAGAACAUGGUGAUGAUGUUAAAAAAAUCUUUGAUGAAACAUAUAAAGAUUUCGAAAAACUAGCUAAACAAGGUAGUUUAGAUUCACAAACAGCUAGUAAAGCUGUUGAUAUCCUUCAAAAACGUGUUAAAGAACUUCAAGAAUUAGCUGGUGAAGCUGGUAGUGAUGCAUACAAUAAAUUAAUCGCUGAAAAUCCUAAAUUAAAAGAUCAAAUUUCAGAACAAUAUAAUUCAUUAAAAGACGUAAUCGAAAAAGCUAAAGACAAAAAACCAGAAGCACAAAAACUUCUCAAAGAAACAUCAUCGGAAUUACAAAAAAUCUUCAAAGACAAUGGUGUAUCAGAGAAAUCUGUUAAACAAGCCCAAGACUUAUUAAAAAAGAAAGGUGAAGAAGCAAAAAAAAUUGGUGAAGGUGUUGGUGGUGAUGCAUACAAUAAAUUAGUUUCUGAAAAUCCUAAAUUAAAAGAUCAAAUUUCAGAACAAUAUAAUUCAUUAAAAGACGUCAUUGAAAAAGCUAAAGACAAAAAACCUGAAGCAGAAAAACUUUUCAAAGAAACAUCAUCUGAAUUAACAAAAAUCUUCAAAGACAAUGGUGUAUCAGAAAAAUCUGUUAAACAAGCCCAAGAAUUAUUAAAGAAGAAGGCUGAAGAAGCAAAAAAACUUGGUGAAGAUGUUGCUAAAGAUGCCAAGAAAGAUAAUAAGAAAUAA